CGAAUCCUCAGCAGCGUCAACCUGACUAUCAAGGACAUUUCCAUCAGACUCUAACCACGAUGAACAAGGAAUCUCUGGCGGGAUCACGAGGAUCUACACCCAGCUCUAGAGGAUCAACAUAUCGCCUUGACUCGGAUAGCGAUAUCGAUGGACCCAGUGGUCUCGGCGGUAGCCACAAACCGCAGAAGCAGAAGCAGGUGAAGGCAGAGACCGAUCAGGAUGAUGAUGUGGAUAUAGGAGGCGCUUAUUCUGAAGAGGAAGAAGUUGUCAGACAACUGGAGCGAGAAGAAGCGAACAGACGAGGCCGAACGCGCAUGCGAGUAUGGUCUGCGGACUAUUGGAGGCAGAGGGUAUACAAGAGACCGGGAAGUAAGAAUUACCCUCAAGGAGCUCGGUCGCAAGUGGUAAAUGACGAUCUACAGGAUGGGUUCAACCCACACACAGGAGGCGCUUCAAGACAAGGCAGAGUAUGGAGGAUGUUCCGGUCCAUCGUCAGAGGAUUCGCAUCACCGACUUCGUUGGUUCUACCAUUCCUUAUGGCCAUCGCUAUCUUUGGCGGCGUGCACUAUGCCAUUACCAUUAUGGGUGUUCAUUCGACGACGACAUCACACUCAAAACCAGCAUACACGUCAAGCUUUGAGUUCUCAAUGACGGAGCGCUGGAGAAAUGCCUGGGAGUCAUGGAAACCUGAGGUAUGGGGAUCGACGGUCGCUCGACUUGCACGAGCUCCAGAAGUUAUCAAGUUUCCUGGUAUGCCAACGUUUGAGUAUUGGACCACCUUUUGGAAGCGUGAGCGAUCCUGUGGUCGAGACCAGACUACCGAGGACUCUAUUCGUGCCAUGGAAAGGUUCUAUCCCUGGAAGGAACACGUUGAUCGAAAAUUUCAUGAUUUCGACAUUGCAAUCGAGCUUCUGCAUAAGAGGGCCUCGAGGGAGGAACAUCGAGUGAGCAGGGUCGAAGAUGACGUUGGUUCCCUGAAACGAUAUAUCAAAGACGGUGAAUGGAUCGAUUCUUUUGUGCUGAAUCUACUCGCAAGGAAGAUUCCCGAGUAUGUCGGCGUGGUCAGAGAUCCUCACACGGGCGAGAUCCAUGUUCCUCCAGCGUUCUGGAAUCAGGCGAGAGAGUUGUUUGUGACGAGGGAUCAAAUGGAGAAUAUAAUUGAAAAUACGGUGGAUAGUAGCCUGUACAACAAGAGACAUGAACUGUGGAGCGCUUUCUUGGAGGAGAACGAAAAGACGCUGGAGCGAAUCGUCGAUGGUCGAGUCGCCAAGGUUUCGAGUCAAGAAUUUCUCAAGCUUCUGAAGACAGAAGCUAACGCCAUUUGGGCUGUCAUUAAGGAACGGGCGACCGGUUUGCUGGAGAGCGAAGGGAAACUGGAGGCAUCCGAAAUAUGGACAAGUCGUGGGAAUGGUCCUGUGCCAUUGGAUUCGAGGAGUCUGACCGACAUUGAAUACCAAGUCAUUUCGGACUUGAUCGAUGAGAAACUGGAACGGUAUUCGGCCGACGUGGUUGCGAAGCCUGAUUAUGCGCUCCACAGUGCCGGUGGGCGGAUCAUCCCAGAUAUGACCUCUUCGGAUGCGAGUGUCGGCAAGCUAAGGAUCUUGGGUCGUCUGGGUCUGAAGUACUUCUUCACGUUGACGCCUCUGACAGAGAAAAGUGCCACGAAAGUGAUUCAGCCGGAUGUGCGCCCGGGCGAAGGUUGGUGUAUGAAUGGCACCCAAGGUCAUAUCGGUAUCACGCUGGCGAGGAGAAUUAUCGUGACCGAAGUGACGAUUGAACAUUUGGAUCCGAGGGUUGCAUUUGAUGAAGGUAGCGCUCCGCGAGAGAUAGAGAUAUGGAGACUUAUUUCGCUCAAGGAGACAGGACAUGAGCAGCGAAGGCAAAUGCAGCAGCAGGAAGAGCCCCAUUCGCCGAAUGGACAGCAAGAUACAGAGGAUAAUGCGGAUGGUUAUCAAGACCAGAAUGACAAUUUGCAGGAGACCAAGGGAGAGAAGAGCCGCAGAUCGCCUGUGAUGGGUACAUGGGCAAGGGAUGGAUCGCCUGCACAAGGCGCAGCCUUGCUGACGACGGUGGAGUACCAACUGCCACGGAAUAGCAAGCAAGGGCGACCUAACAAAGAAGAGGACUACAGCUCUGCAUCGGACAGCAGACGAGUGAAGUUGGCGCAGACAUUCCUUAUUCCGCUGUCGAUGCAGAACGUGCCUGCGUAUGGUGUCUAUUUGAAGGUGAACUCCAACUGGGGCCACUCAGUCCACACAUGCCUCUACCGUGUCCGCGUGCAUGGAUAUGAACCAACGCACUCUACAUAA